GUCAGUGAUGUUAGACAGAGCUGAAAACCUUCUUCAUGACCACUAUGGAGGGAAAGAUUACUGGAAUACCCGCCGGAGCAUGGUGUUUGCUCAGCACCUCCGCCUGGUGGGAGACCAGUUCAGAAACAAGUACCUCCAGUCCACGGAUGAGGCAGACAGGACUCCUUACAAAGAGGACUGGACACAGAUGAAGGUUAAGAUGGGCACAGCUCUGGGGGGUCCAUACCUUGGGGUUCAUCUCAGAAGGAAAGACUUCGUCUGGGGUCACAGAGAAGAUGUCCCUUCCCUGCAAGGAGCAGUAAAGAAAAUCCGCAGCCUCCUGGAGAUCCAUAAACUUGACAAAGCCUUUGUAGCCACUGAUGCUGUUGAGGAGGAGAUUGAAUUGCUGAAGAAACUGCUGCCAGAGAUGGUGAGGUUUGAGCCCUCUUGGGAGGAGCUGGAACUCUACAAAGAUGGGGGCUUGGCUGUUAUUGACCAGUGGAUCUGUGCACAUGCAAGGUAUUUUAUAGGCACCUCAGUUUCAACGUUUUCCUUCCGGAUUCACGAGGAAAGGGAGAUCUUGGGGUUUGAUCCUAAAACAACUUACAACCGAUUUUGUGGUGAAAAAGAGAAGAACUGUGAGCAGCCAACUCACUGGAAAAUUGUGUACUAA